AUGGAGAGCACUACAAAUAUUUUCUUCCUAAUAACCCUAUUCUCUCUCACGUGCCUCUCACUCUCACGUGCCCCACCUCCAUUGGCCUCACGCCAAUGCGAGAACUGCGGCCGGACUCCGGUUCCGUACCCGCUCAGUACCCGACCCGGCUGCGGUGACUACGCUCUCUACAAGAUACGUUGCACCGCCGGGGCUCUAUGGCUCGACGCCGUUAAUGGGUCGGCUUACCCGAUCACCUCGGUCAACCCGGUAAUCCGCCGGUUAACGAUUCGACCCGCGGGUAUUGCCGCCAACGCUUGUGUCUCCGCCGAUUUUCGCAGCCGGGGUAUUCAGCUCGACCUCAAUGCAUCGUUCAGAGUCGCCGCCGGCAAUACUAUCUUGCUUCUGAACUGUACGGAUUUAUAUGUGCGCCGGAAUCGUCCGCCGGUGGAUUGUACGGCGAACAGCAUUUGCCAUCGUUACGUGAAGGAUAAUUUGGUUGUUCCAUGCAUGAAAACGGCAUCGUGUUGUUCGUUUAAGGUUGGGGGUUCGAACGUUGUGGAAUAUGGGGUUGGGGUGAGAGUUGGGGGAGAUGAGUGCUCGGCGUACCAGAGCUUCGUGAAGCCUGGGCCGGCCACGACGGCGAAGGGGGCGGAGAAGUGGUCCGAAUCGGAGAUGGAGUUGGAGUGGGCUUUGCCGAGUGAGCCCAUUUGUAAAAGCCCACUGGACUGUAAGAGCUUGUUGAAUUCGAAGUGUUUGGUUGAUUCGGUUAAAGUGGGACAGAAGAGAUGUUUUUGUGAUAUUGGAUUCGAGUGGGAUCCUAUCACUGGACUGUGUACUAAAUGCACUAAUGAUCAACAUGGAAAAGGUUGCAAAAUUAAGAAGAAGAAGAAGAAAUCCAAGAACAUUGCUGUUUUGGCGGGUGCUGUUGGUGGAAUAGUACCAGUUGCAAUAGUGAUCGGAAUUUUGUUGUACAAACACCUAAACCGCUCGAAUUCGAAGAAAGAGGCAAUGAAAACCCUAGUCAAAGAACGAGAACUCAGUCUCCACUCCAAAACCAGUGGCAAAUCCGCCAGAAUCUUCACCGGAAAAGAGAUCGUCAAAGCCACUAACAACUUCUGCAAGUCCAAUCUCAUCGGCUCCGGCGGCUUCGGCGAAGUCUUCAAAGGAGUCUUCGACGACGGAACCGUCACGGCCAUCAAACGUGCCAAGCUCGGAAACACCAAAGGAACCGAUCAGAUCCUGAACGAGGUCCGGAUCCUCUGCCAGGUGAACCACCGUAGAUUGGUGCGCCUCCUCGGCUGUUGCGUCGAUCUCGAUCUUCCUCUCCUGAUCUCCGAAUUCGUCCCCAACGGUACUCUCUUCGACCACCUCCACCGCCAUAGCUCCAAGAAAUUUUCACCGAUCGGGUGGAUCCUCCGCCUCCGGAUCGCUCACCAGACCGCAGAAGGCCUCGCUUACCUCCAUUCCGCCGCCGUGCCUCCGAUCUACCACCGCGAUGUCAAAUCAAGCAACAUCUUACUCGACGACAAGCUUGAUGCGAAGGUCUCCGAUUUCGGACUCUCGAGAUUGGUAGAAGAAAAACAGAGCGAGAACAACAAUACUAAUAGUCAAACAGAAGAGAGCCAUAUGUUCACCUGUGCUCAAGGGACGUUGGGUUAUCUAGAUCCAGAAUACUAUCGGAACUUUCAGCUAACCGAUAAGAGCGAUGUGUACAGCUUCGGAGUGGUGUUGCUCGAGAUGUUGACGGCCAUGAAAGCAAUUGAUUUCAACAGAGAAGAGGAGGACGUGAACUUGGUUGUAUAUGUGAAGAAGAUGAUAAAGGAAGAGAGAUUGAUGGAAGCGGUGGAUCCGGUGCUGAAAGAAGGAAGUUCGAAGAUUGAGUUGGAGACGAUGAAGGCGUUGGGGUUGUUGGCGGCGGCUUGUUUGAACGAUCAACGGCAGAAUCGGCCGUCGAUGAAGGAGGUCGCCGAUGAGAUUGAGUACCUUAUCACUAUCGUUUCUCAGACUACUAAGUUUAUAGACUAGUUAUAGUUAUAACUAGUAUGAUAUAUAUACAUAUGAACUCAUCAUCUUGUUCAAUUUGCUUCUUCUUCUUUAUCUAACUAAUUAAAAAAAAUAUUACUAAAACUUUUUCUUGAGAUAUCUGUUUUUAAAUUUAAGAAGUUCCCCUAUGCA